CGAUGCGUGAGCGCCAAGGUGCGCACGCUCCGGAUAUGCGCUCCAGAAACGGUGCGGCAUUCGCGACGUCGUGUGUAAUAACAGCACGCGCGAUAUCGGCACGAGAUAGAACAAGAUAUAUCUUACCGUGCGCCGUGAUCUGUGCCAUAGAAGCGGAUAAAGCUUGAGCCCCGACGACGAUGCCCGCGCCGUCGUGGAGAUGACCAACUUCGAUCACCGGCGAGUCGCCAGUCCAGUGUCGAAGGAUGUGAGAUGUGACUGCUCCGGGCGAUCAGGCGUCAUCGCUGCGUCCUAUCUACCUUCCUUCCACGGCAGUCGGAGCGCGCGAAGGGGCGGCCGGCGAAAUUAAAACCGCGUGAACGUGCUGGACGGAACGAUGGCGGUCGCGGCGAACUCCUUCGACGCCUGGCUCAUCGGGAAGCUGCAAGCGCUGAACACGGACGAGGGCGUCUACGGCUCGUACAUCAGGAGCAUCCUCGAGGGCGACGAACCCGAGGACGAGAAGACCGAGGCGCUCGAGAGCAUACUCGCGGGCAUAACGGAGGAUAACAUCGGCAAACAUGUAGCGGAAAUUUUAAGCGCGUGGGCAGAGUGGUUGCCAACUGAGGAAGUGGCUGCAGCCCCCGCACCGACGGAAGACGUCGAUGUCAGACUGGCAAAGAUGCUGGAGUCGCAGAGUCUACCCACGACGACGCAGAGAAGCUAUACAGAGGAGGAGAGACGAAUACGCGAGGCUAUACUAGCACAAUACAGUCAAAUGUCUGAUGAAGACAAUAGCGAAGGAGAUGGAGAAGAGGAUGGGGCAGGGGGCGGGGACUGCGGAAUCGAAAAGAAUUUGAACGCUGCUACUAUUGUACAACAAGAACGAGAAAAGCGAGAAAAGGCCAAACUGGAGAGCCAGAAGAAGAAGGAAAAGGACAAAGAAGAUAGAGAGAAGCAAAAGCAACUAAAGGAAGAGAAAAAGGAGAAGAGAAAAACUCAAAAGGGAGAGAGGCGAAGGUAGCAUCAAAACAGGAGCGUUGGGAGACUCUCUUACUUCGAGAUUAUUGACUACAUAUAUGCUGUGGUAUUCAUAUAAGUCUAUCUAUAUUGUCGUGCAUGCAACGAUCUCCGACAUUUAUUUAUAAACUUCAUCGAUCUUAUAUAUUUUCAUUAGAAGAAUAAGUGUGUAGCAUCCUGUCGUUAGAAGAUGAAUUCAGUACGAAUGCAUAUAUCGCCAAUAUCGUCAAGGAGCAGUACAUAUAAUGUUGGAUCAUCCUGUGCCUUCUGUCUCCCUAAAACUCCUGUUCUUUCCUCCUCGAAAAGGUUCGUUACUUACUUAUUCUUUUAUCAUUCUUUGUUCUCACUUCUAACAUUCUAACUUCGUAGUCUGUAUUCAGAACUCUAUUCUCACUAAUUAAAAUUAGCAGGGAAAUCUAUCUUUCUCUCUUAUCAAUAAACACUGGUUCUGAAUACCGACAUACCUUUUACUCAUCGAUCUGGUUAGCAUAUUACGUUGUCUCUUACACAUAUGAUGUAUUUAAUACGAAUAUGUUUAAAUAAACUAUUUAAAUCGCC